AGUAGAGCUAAAGCAUAGGACAUGACACAUUAGAAAGCUUAGGUGAGUCAAUGGCUGUAUCUUCCACCACCACCACCACAAUAUGCAUUUCAGGUAACAACAUUGUUCCAGUCUAUCAAUCACCAAAACUUGGAUUCUUAUCUACCAACUGUUUUCAUGUGAAACCACGGAGAUUGUGCAUUAGAAGCUCGAGUGAUGUCUCUGCUGAGACCACUGACACUGAGGUGGAAUCAAUUGAAGUCCCAAAAGAACCUCCAUCUUUGAUUUCUGCUCUCAACGUGGAAAGGGCUCUCCGUGGCUUACCAAUUACAGAUGCAGAUCAUUAUGGUAGACUCGGCAUUCCAAGAGGAUAUCCCUCUAACAAGGUGGCGGUUGCAUACAACAACAAGGUGCGAGAAUUGGAGAGUCAAGGUUUAGAGGAAGAGGAACUCAAGAAGCAAUUGGAACUUCUCAGAGAAUCAUACACCAUCAUGUCAUCAGUAGAAGAAAGAAGAUUAUAUGAUUGGAGCUUGGCCAGAACAGAGAAUACAGGGAGAUACAAUUGGCCAUAUGAGGCUGACAUAACACCACUUACAACGGAAGAGUCUCCACCAGAGGAUCCUGAAGAUGUCGGACCAACUAGAGUGGUUGGAUUCGUCUUUCUGGGAUGGAUAGUGAUCUCAGUUGUGUUAUCUAUUUCACUAAACUUAUAGACAGAAGUAUGAUGUAUGUAUGAAUUUUUUCCCCUGUAAACAAUAUUGUAAUGCAUGUUAUUUUGGAUGAAAUGAAAUUGCAUUUUGGCUGUUUCUAUU